AUGACGAUCGAUUAUUUUAAAUUGUUGUGUGCUUUAUUGGUUGCUUUUCAGUGUGGAGCGUCACAUGUGCAACCCAAACUAGUUAUAGACGAAGAUGGAGGAGCCGAUGACGCAAUGGCCAUUUUUAUGGCUCUCAUUUGCGAGAAAUAUUUGAACGGACCGCAAGUGGUAGGCUUAACCACGGUCCAUGGGAAUGUCAAUGAAAGCCAAGCCUACAUUAAUACUCAAAGAAUCUUAAACAUAGCUGAGAGAAAAGAUGUUCCUAUCUACCGCGGAGCCGCAUCGCCAUUCAUCCAUGGCAUCCCAUCAGACUCAUUUUUUGGAGAAGACGGUCUUGGUGACAAUAAAGUAGAGGAUUACGAUAAACUUCCUGCAAAACCGAUUCACGCAGCGUUGGCUCUUAUCCAUUUAUCGCACUUAUAUGGUGACAAACUCAUAGUAGUAGCCAUCGGAUCAUUAACCAAUAUUGGACUGGCAAUCAAACUGGAUCCAGGGUUUGUUUCAAGAAUAGGACAGUUGUAUGUCGGUGCGGGACAUAUUCAUAAUGCGGAACACAAAGAAGCUGAGUUUAACGCGGCUAUGGAUCCUGAAGCAUACCACAUCGUAGCCAACCACAGUUAUCCCAGCCAAGUCACAGUGGUGCCCUUUUCACCUAUAUUAACCUAUGUUAAAAUUGAAAAGAAUUGGCGUAUCAAUGUUCUUGGGAAGAUACCAACAGUUAUUUCAAGUUAUAUGAUGAAAUUCGAACGAAAAUCUAUCGCCGCUGUUGAUUAUUGGGCUAAUUUAGACCCGGCUGUGAUGGCGGUAGUGCUUCGUGAGAGCUUGGUGGAUGAGUUUAAAUUUUCUUUAAACAGUGUUAUUUUAUGUGGUACAGACAGAGGCGUUACUCCUCAUGAUUUUCUUUCGGAAAACCCAAACACAAGAGUAGCUGUGCGAAUCAACAAAGUAAAAUAUAUGAUAUUUUUAUAUACAGUUUUCUCCGCUCCAUUGGAAGCUUCAGGACAUUCAAAUGGACCUUACUCAUAA